UCCCCCACGGAGGCUGUCGCGCGCGGAAGCAGCAGUUUGCAAGGAGGUCCAUGGCGCUGAAUGGAGAUGGCGCGGCUCCGGCUGUAUCCAGGGAGCUGCUUUCCGCGGGGAGCGGAGGAGGUAUUCAUGAGACGCUAUUGCUAAAUUCAAAGCAUGCUAAGAAGAAACCCAUGAGCUUACAGACAGUCAGGCUUCCAAGGAGCAACCUUUUGGACAGGGUGCAGAACUUUCUACCACAGAUGGCCAACGCAAAUGACGAGCUAAGAAGAGAAAUGGAAAGCACCCCUGUUCAAGAGUUUGAUAUUGAACAUGUGGAUGCUUCAGUUGAAAACGUCAUUGAAAUGAAUGUGGCUUUGGUUGAACUGAACAGCUCUGAUACAGAGGAAGAAGAUUCAGCCUCAGAAGAUGGCUCUGAAAGCGAGGACAGUUCUGCUUGUGAAGAAGUGACCGUCGACAACAUUAAGCUUCCUAAAGCAAAAGGAGAAGGCAGAAUAGAAAUUUUGGACACUGGAAGUACUGAAUAGAUGUUUGCCAUCUCAGAUUCAUGUUACGAACCAUGUAUCAUAACUUUAAAAAAGUUCUCUUGAAAAGCUAGUUUGUUUCCAGGUGUGCUACCUGCAGACUGUCUCGCUCUUUGCAUCUCUCAUUCCCAAGAGGCAUGGAAGAUCACUUCAGUCCAAGCCCCAAGAUGAAAAAGAUCCAUGAGGAUCGUCAGGAGCUUAGUAUGGGGGCAGGCGGGGGGGGAGCAUUGAAUCAGGCAGACAGAAAAUACCCCUGCCAGGCCAAUUGGUGCUUUAAAUUGUAUUCCUAUUUAUUGAUGGAAGCAAUUAUUAGGUUAUGGUGGCUACAUGGAAACUGGCAAUGCUUCUGUCAUGUGCUGGAAGCAUGUAGAUUCUUCUAGUUAUUGGAGAGUCUUGUUUAGCUGCUACCCUGAAUACCUUUCAAAUUGGGAUGACCUGUGUGACUCUUGCAACAACUUCAGCAUGGCAGCUGUAACCUAAGAGCUGAUCUUAGGUCUGCUAAGGGGGAGAGAGAAUUGCAUUGGCCUCUUAAGGGGAGGUUCCGGCUGUGGAUAGGUAGCAGCAGCAGGGCUGGUCAAAACAUUCCUUGUACAUAGAGGGGAUCAUCAAGGAAGCUGCUGAAAGCCCUGUAGCAUAUUUUUCUGAUCCCAAACAUAUAUGUGUAAAUGCUCAGAUUAAGGACAAACUAUCUAGCCUUAUACCAGAAGCUUUUUCCCUAAAAAUUCUGCAGGAUGGUUGAGUGUUUGGGCAGCAGUCCUAUUAUGCAUUUGAAAUUGGGAUGUUUCCCAUGUUUUCAUAAAGAAGAUGUGGGUUUGUUAAAUAAAAACUACUAUUUUCAAGGUGUUCUGUAUUGGUUUAGAUAUCAGUACACCAACUCACAAGUUUGUACUGUUUCGAUCUUGAAAAUCAGACAUUACAUUACAGUUUUAAUUGAUGAACAGCUGUGCAAGCCUGUUAGCCAAUGGCUUCCUGGACACAGAUCUUUCUCCUAGGAUGCAAUCUUUUGCACAUUUGAGAGUGACCUUGGAAUGAUUUGCCUUUGAAUAUGCAUGCAUAGUAUUUGAGCUGCCACUUCUUUGGCAGCAGAUUUGGAUACAAAUUAUGUAUAUCUAGCAGGUGAAGUCAUUUCGGCUGAAUAUUCUGCAGGCAGCAAACGUUCACUAAAAUAAAACUCAUCUAUGCAGCUGGAAGAUCAUGUUCCAAACCCCUGCUCUAAAGGCUUCCGGAUGCAACCAUUACAAUUCUGCUGCUCCUUUGGAUAU